CUGUGCCGAAACUUGUUCUAGGGGUCGUAAUUUUCAAAAAUAUUUCGUAAUAGAAAAACACCGUUAAUCGGUUUGAUGAUGUACUAUUACCCUUUUAGUCCAUUAAAAUGUUAUCUAAGUGGUUCAAUAAGUUCGUAAUCCCUACAUUGAUCGUCUUUCCUAUUUUAAUUUCGGAUAUCGUAACUGAUGAUCAUGUCCAGGGGCUGCCGUUUUGUAACCCGCAUUUAAAAGACGGCGUUCCCGUGCAGGACGAUCUAGUCAUAAUCAGCACAUUAGAUGGGACAGUGACAGCAUUCUCAACCAUUGAAGGAACCAAAGUAUGGGAUCUGCAGACACAGCCGUUGUUAUCGUCCAACUUGCAACAUGUUGAGCUGUCAGCGGGCGGGAAAUGGGUCCGGUUGGUGCCGUCACUCCGCGGGGCACUCUACAGCAUUAGCGGGGACACCAUUGAGCCCCUCCCGUUCGACGCUGACCAGCUCUUGUCUUCCUCGUUCAAGUACUCCGACGACUUGGUCAUAGCCGGUGCCCGUGAAACCCUAUGGGUAGGCGUGGACGCUCACACUGGACAAGUGAUAUACGAGUGCGGGUCAGUGGGGUGCUCCAGUGAGCAGCAGAAGGCGAGCGCCGGCCAUGACGUCAUUGUGCUCAGGCGACAUUCCAACACCGUGCGGGCGUUGGACCCGCGCAAUGGCAACGAGAAAUGGAACUUCAGCGUGGCGGAGCACCACCUGGCGGUGUCGAGGCGGGAGUGCCAGCCGCCGGGCGGGCCGGGCGCCGCCGCUGUGGCGCUGGCGCUGGCGCUGCCCGAGGGCGUGCUGGCGGCGCGCAGCCUCAGCGACGCCCGCGUCUUGUGGACCACCCAGCUAGACGCGCCAAUAGUGGGCAUGUGGCGUCUCCACGCCGGUUCUUUACAAACCAUAGACGUCGUUUGGGAAGCCACCAGGUCGUUGACUGCUGCGCCUUCCGCAGCUCCGCCAUCUUUAUAUGUCGGAGUGCAUAAUCAACAGUUAUAUAUACAAGAGGGUUUGCUAUACGCUCAGAAGCUAGAGACGUCUGUAUCAAGUCGCCCUUUGCCGUGGAAACUGCUAGAAUCUCGCCCCCUUUUGGAAGGCGGGCCGGCGAUUCCUCAGGAUUCUGACGCUAACGCCUUGUCUUUGGUCUCGCUCUAUGGGAACAAGGAGAAUACAGGCAGCCACGGCUUCUUCCUCUACCUCCAAGAAACUUGCGAUCAAAGUGUUCGAGUGGACGACUUGACCAUUCCUGAUAUAAUCCUGCCAAAUAACAGUGACGAGGAAGCGAACCACCAUCACAUUCAUGUUCACGUCUCUUCGUUGUGGUAUUGGUGGAAAGAAGUGCUAGUGAUUGCCGCUAGCUCCGCUUUGCUGAUGAACCUAAUGAUCUGGCCAAGGUUCUUCAUGCCAAAAGUGGGCUCCGUGACCACACCAGCUAAUCAGGAGGUGAUAGUAAUAGACCGCCCGUACCAACCUCCGCUACCCUCUACCAGUUCAGAAUACUCCAGUCGUUACGAAAACGACUUCGCGCCGUUACGGUGCCUUGGCAGGGGGGGCUUCGGGGUCGUGUUCGAGGCCAGAAAUAAUAUUGACCAUCGGGAGUAUGCCAUUAAGAGGAUUACGUUGCCUAGGAGAGAAGAGAAAAGAGAAAGAGUAUUGCGUGAAGUCCGCGCACUAGCCAAGUUGGAGCACGACAAUAUCGUGAGGUAUUUCAACGCGUGGAUCGAAGUGCCGCCGCCGAGGUGGCAGCAAGGAAGAGACGCUGUCUGGAUGCGGGAGUUGGACGGCGUGUCGUCAGGUGUGUCCCAGUUCAGCGCGACCUCCCCACCCCCCUUGUCCAAGAAGGCUGACAGCGUUCGGCUAAAUCUCCACAAGUCUAACGACGAGGACUUCGUGUAUCCCAACUUAGAUCAUACGCUCUCCAAAAAGAAUAGAUCACAAAGCUGCAGCGACUCCUUCAUAGUGUUCGCCCGCGAUGAGUCCAAAUCCAAUGUGUCGGUGUCCUCGGAGACGCCGAAGAAGUCCCUCGGCGACUCUCAGCGGAGCCCCAGCUCGGGCAGCAGGAGUAGUGACAAGAGACUGGACAGAGUUAGAGAACAACAUAUCAGUGCCAGUACUUGCGGGAAGAGAAAGAAAGGCCACACCCGCCAUUGGUCGUUGGACAUGUGCGUGCGCGAGCGAGACCGCGAUACUGCGGCCGACACCAAGAUGUACCUCUACAUACAGAUGCAGCUGUGCAGGAGAGACAGCCUGCACGACUGGCUUAGAGUGAGAAGGACAGCCAAUGAGAGGAGGGAACAAAUAAAGUCACUAUUCAGUCAGAUCGUCGCCGCAGUGGAGUACGUGCACUUGGCAGGUCUGAUCCACCGUGACCUCAAGCCUAGUAACAUAUUCUUCGCCCCGGACGGCCGGGUCAAAGUCGGGGACUUCGGGUUGGUGACCACUAUGGGUGACAACUCUAAAGAUGGCGACCCAGCCCCGCCCACUGAUGCAUCUGGGACACAUACACAUCAAGUUGGCACUCACCUGUACAUGUCCCCCGAACAACUCCUGGGCCGACCGUAUAGCUACAAAGUGGACAUAUAUUCGUUAGGAGUCAUCUUGUUCGAGCUCCUGUACCCGUUCUCAACAGAUUCAGAAAGGGUCCACUGUCUGCAGAGGCUGAGAAAUGAUACUUACCCUCCGAAUUUCCACGAGGAAUAUCCGCAAGAGUCAAAGGUGCUAAGGCUGAUGUUAAGCGCGGAGCCCUCGCGGCGGCCCACGGCUAUGGGCGUGCGCGCGCGCGCGCCGCUGUUUGAAGUCACCGACUCUAACUACCACUUCACCAUGCCCGCCGCCGUCCCUCUCAUGUCUUAGGCAUCUAAUCAUGUGCGAUCAAACUUGGGUUUACGAUACGGACCAAAUAUAGAUAUGAUUUCAAGGAAAAAAAAUGACAAUAUGUUCAGUACAGUCAACAGCACAUCAACCUACUCAAAUCCAUUGCAAGCUCGCCGCUGUUACCGCGCCAUAGAGUUUCAUGCGAGGUGAUGUGCUGUUGACUGUACAUGGUAUAUCGACUUGGUUUCAUUAUCCGUGUAUGCUCAAAAAAGUUUGUGCAGUGUAAAGAAAUUACCCGGUAUAGACAAGGACUUGAGACAUCAACUUUUGCGCAGUCUUUAUAUAAAGGGGCGGGGUUUUUUCGUUUUCGAGGAGAAGGGGCGGAGCCAUGGCGAAACCGCAUUCCCCACUCGUCUGCUUCAGCCCCGCGUAUCAUCACACAAUUUUUAUAAAAUGGCAAAAAUGCGUGUCCUCUUAGCUUUUACUUAGUGGUUUACGCCCAAUAUUUUUCAUUAUGCGUGGCGAGCAUUUAGUAUUAGCUCAGUUAACUAUAUUAUAAAAUAUUGGUCCUUAUGUUUCAUAAGGAAAUUAAGUCAUAUUCUUAAAUCACUAUUUUUCUUAAUUAAGUAGUUUCUUUUUGGGAAGUAAGAUAAGUGCAUAUGUUUCAGUAUGUUAUUACAUUAUAAUCAAAUCUAGAAAAAUCUAGAAAAGACAAAAACACUUAUACAAAGCAAUGACAUUAUGGCCAAUCUCAAUCGUUGAUAAAAAUAGUCACAAGCCCUUGGGUCCCCAGAGACAUCGACCGGGCGUGCGGAAAUUUCUUUGUAAAGCGUUUUUGCAUCCGCACCCGUUCGUUUUUCAUCCUUUAUUGUAUUAAAAUGAAUCGGAUGGUAUCAAAUUUAUAAUUUAGUGACCCAAUCUUUAAUUGUCAUUUCUUAUUGGUCAUUUUUCUUAUCCCUAAUUAGAAAUUAAUCCCGUCUCCUUACUCGGAAAUUGUAAAUAUAUUUGUUUAAGUUUUGUUAGAAUAGAGAUAGAAAAGUACUUUGUUAAGUAUUUUUUCUAUGCAUUUUGUUAUAGACUAGCAUUAAGUAGGAAUGAAAUUUAAAUAAGCUAUGAUUAAGCAUGAGUAUGGAAUGAUAUGUUGUUUUCGUUGGAAUAAACGCGUAUACAUUUUGUAGUUAUGCUUGAUAACGUAUCUAUACUAUUUGUUUGUAUUGUGUACACGAUUAUUAUGUGAAAAUCAUGUUAACGUCUUGAUAUAAAUUGUGUGACUUGACUAUUUUUAAGGACAUAUGCUUAAUAUUAAUAAAAACAAUUUAAAACCUUAGUUAUGGGUUAAGGUUCAAAAAUUUAAUAGAUAAUGAUUAUAAAUGCCAACUUCUGAAUUCAGCGUGAAUAUAGAAGUCCUACUUUUGUCAUUAGGCCUUGAAGGCCUACUACGAAACAUACAAAGACAUAGCACGUUACUAACAUGUUCUCCAUUUUUACUAAUGUACGUGUAAAAAAAGGUAGAACGUGUGGAUUGAAUGACGUACUACGUGUUUUAUGUUUCAUGGUAGCCAUGUUGAAUUGGCCCAAAUUACUAAUAGGGGAUUGGUCAAUUUAGCAUCUUGGUCAUAACGCUCAGUUAGGACAUUUUUUGGCGGUUUUAAGAAAAAAAUGUUAAGUUUGUAUUCGAAGAAAAUUUUGUCUCGAUUUUCCAAUUAGUUGAUUUUUUUUUCAUCUUUUAUUGUUUCGGUGGGAUUUUGCCAAACCUACACCAGUGAAUGAUUAGUUUUUUAAAUUACAAUGAAAAUAGUUUUUGAGGCUAUUGCAAUGAUAAAAUUUAAAAUUCAAUUUCUACUUAAUAGUUAUUUUUUAAUAAGUAAUGUUAGUGCCUAAGGUAACUAGAUUUAAAUGUUUAAUUGAUGUAUGAUUUUGAUAAGCAAUCAAUGAAAUAAAAGUGAGUAUUAGACUAUAGAAUUUAUAAGACUGGGCUUGGCAAGGCUUUUUAGAAUAAAUAUUUUGUGACAUGAAAAUAUUUGAUCGUUAUAAACGACACUAUUUUCUAUCGCAUUUAGUUUGAAGAUGUUGUACAUUUUGCUGAUGUUUUGAAAAUCACCCAAUCAAUUUUUCAACUUCAUAGAUAAAUAAAGUGUGGAUUUUUAGUAUGUGCCAAUGAUAUAAAAUGUUACGGCUAAACCCUGGCUACACGAAGGUUUAGUCGAAUAUACCUAGGUAUUACCAAUUGAGGCCGGCUGCACCCAGGUCUAGCUAAUUACCUACGUGCAGCCGGACACAGUUGGUUACAUCAAGUCCAGCCGAAAUGAUAAGGCUGGGGUCUUUGGGUCGGGGUGUAGCCGUAACAUAUAUACUGCGCCUAUGGAUCUAUUCAUUACAAAAAAAUUUAUGUAACGAUCAUUCGAUUUCGAGUGAAAUUGAUUUAAUUUCGAACGAUAAUUUACUUUUGUGAGUAAUGCAAAAUAAGUAUAAUUUUUUUUUGUCAUGUGUCUUCUAUUGUUGCCAGUACCGCAAAAAGUUAUUGUACCCUGAAAUUAAAGAUUUUGUAUAUACCUGUCAUAAUAAGUAUCUUUGUAAAAUGUUGACAUUAUACAGUCUGUCCAGAAAGUGAAGAAGAAAUGAGGGCGCUGUCUCCUGUCGGCCGGCAACACUGGGUGUGUAUCAACCAAUCAUGACCAUUAUAUUCGGUAUUGCAAUGGCAAAAAAAUAGUAGUUCGUCAAUUACCCGUUUUCUUCACUUUCUGGACAGACUGACAUACAUACCUUUCGUAACUAUUUUUUAUUUAUAACAUUCCGGAAAUGGUGUUGAUUAUGCAACAGAUGUAAACUGUAACAGUUUUAUCAGAAAUAAAAAUGAUUUUGUGAA